AUGUGGGCGCUGGCCGGAGCUGGUGUGCUGCUGCUGUUCGCCGUGGACCUCCGCACCAGCUCAGGACUGAAAUGUGGAGUUCAAGCAGUUGAUUUGAAAAGUAUGGAGACUGUCUCGGAAUCAGAGUUUUUUACUAUAAUUAUUAGUUGGAGAAAUUCAACAGUUGAUGGACAUCUGUGGCAGGUUUCCCUAAAAUUAUGUGAGCACCAUUUCUGCAGAGGAAGCUUGAUUCAAGGUGAUCUGGCGGUUACAGCAGCACACUGCCUGGUUAGACUCAAUGAGAAGCAAAUUAAGAGUCUGACUGUGAUCGCUGGAGAGUACAAUCUCUUUCAGAAGGAUAAGCAAGAACAAACUAUCCCUGUCUCAAAAAUUGUUAUCCAUCCUGAAUACAAUAGAGUUGGAUAUAUGAGUUCUGAUAUUGCACUGCUGCAUCUAAAACACAAAGUCAAGUUCGGUAAGUACUUAUGUAUUUGGAAAAUAAUAGUACCAGAAAAUAAAAUAAUCUUGAUAAAAUUUACAAGUUUAGACAUAGAAAAUCAAGUUGGAUGUGAUGAUGACUGUGUAUCUUUGCAAUCAAGCAAUGGAGUACUUGUUAAUUCCAAUUUGCUGACAGAGACCAAUAAGGCCAAAGUUACAUUUGUUUCUGAUGCAGAAAAUAGUGGCAAUGGCUUUGAGUUUACCUUUAGAGCUGUACAAAAGAACUCAGAAGCAGGUUCAUGUCGUGGGAGUGUGACUGAAUUUGUGGAAGAAGGGACGAUUCACUCUGCCAGUUACCCUGAUUUGUAUCCCAGGAAUGUAAGCUGUCAUUGGUUCAUUCAUGCUCCAGAGAAACACGUUAUAAAGAUAACAUUUGAGGACUUUAAUACUGAAUUUAACCAAAACUGCAUUUAUGAUGCUGCUGUGAUUUAUAGUGAUCCUGAAGAAGAGCAUGAGUUAGCUAAGCUUUGUGGAAUCUUCAACCCUACUCCAAUAUUCAGUCCCGGAAACAUGAUGGUGAUUCAUUUUAAAAGUGAUGAUGAAAAUAACUUUCGAGGCUUCAAGGCUAGAUUUACUUUUUUGCCCUCAGACUUUUUAAACAAAAUUGGAUCAACAUCACCUCCCCAAAACCAUCCUGUAUCUUCUGAAAAAACUAUUCCCUAUGGUAUCUGUGGCAUCCCUCCAUUUAGCCCCCAGUGGCUUUCCAGAAGAAUUGUGGGAAGGGGAGAAGCCUGCCCCUACUGUUGGCCAUGACAGGUGGGUUUGAGGUUUCUAGGCAACUACCAGUGUGGAGGUGCCAUCAUCAGCCCAGACUGGAUCCUGACUGCAGCCCAUUGUGUGCAAUUGAAAAAUAAUCCCCUCUUCUGGAGUGUUGUUGCUGGGGACCAUGACAGAACUCUGAAAGAAUCAACCGAUCAGGUGAGAAGGGCAAAACACAUCAUCAUGCACGAAGACUUUGAUAGACUGAGCUUUGACUUGUACAUCGCCCUAGUGCAACUGAGCUCUCUUCUGGCAUUCAGCUCUGCGGUGAGGCCGAUGUGUCUCCCACACAGCACGGAGCCUCUGUUUCCCUCUGAGAUCUGUGCUGUGACUGGAUGGGGAAGCGUAAGUGAAGACAGUGGCCUGGCAAAUCGCUUACAACAGUCCAUGUUAGAAAGAGAGAUGUGCGAACACACUUACUAUUUUGCUCACUCAGGAGGGAUAACAGAGAAGAUGAUCUGCACUGGCUUCACAGCUACUGGAGGGAAAAAUUUCUGUCAGGGAGACUCUGGUGGGCCAUUAGUGUAUAGACAUGAAAAAGAUCCCUUUGUCCUCUAUGGCAUCAUAAACUGGGGAGCUGGCUGUGCCCAGUCAAGGAAGCCAGUUGUAUUUGCCAGAGUGAGUGUCUUCUUGGACUGGAUCCAAUCCAAACUCAAAGAUACAAGUUCUGCUUCACUUCAAAUAAAUAAUGAAAGCAAAACCUUAACAAAAAAACAGUUGUCACCACUUACAGCUUCAACAGACAGUGCAUCUGAGCUAGGCUGUUACUCUGAAGUGGAGCUGGAAGAGCCCAAAGGCUUUUUUUCAACUCCAAGAUAUCCACUAGAUUAUAGAGGAAAACUGGAAUGUUCUUGGGUGCUCAGAGUUUCACCAAGAAGUAUGGCAAAAUUUACUGUUGAGUACCUGUCACUCCCUGGAUCUCGUAUGUGUCUAGAUUCAGUUCUGACUAUAUAUGAAGAAAGCCAUGAUAAAUUAUGUGGAGGAAGGCUUUACCCAAUGAUUUUCAUGAGCUCUGGACCACUGGUAAGGGUGACAUUUCAAUCCCUUGUGCAAGGUGCUUUUGGCAUAAGUUAUAUUGUCUUUAGAGUCCAAGAUCCAAAAGGCAGUAAAAUAACAAGACUUCUUCAGAGUGCAAACCAAGGGCAUGUGACCACUUGUAAGGGUGUUAUACUGACCAAACCAGUAGGAACCAUACAUAUCCCAAAAUAUUUUCAUAGAAUCACUAUGAGCUGCCACUGGAGGUUAUUAGCCCCUUUACAUCACAUCAUUCGCCUGGAUACUAUUAACUUCCAGAUGAAGCCAACACCCUUAUUCUGUCAGGGUCACCAGUGGGUUUAUGAAGGAUUUGGAUCAGGCAAGAAAUUAAUAGGAAUAACAGUAGAAAACAAUACAGAAAGAUGGUCAGCUGAAGACAGAUGUGAAAUUCCAGUCAUUGACCCACUUGUAACGGAAGAGUCUAAGAGAGAUACAAAUGUGCUGCCAGCCAAGCUUGGGGAACCCAGGGUGGUUGGUGGCCAUGUUGCUCUGGCAAUGUCAUGGCCAUGGCUGGUCAGUCUGAAGCACCAAGGACAACAUAACUAUGGAGGUGUUCUGAUUGCCAAACAGUGGGUCUUGACAGUGGCACACUCUGCUGACCCUGAAGCGUUGCUUCUCACAAUGCCCCGUGCCCCUGUGGCUCCUCCUGUUUGCAGAAGAGGAGGGUUCGGCGUUGUGAAGACCAUCCGGGUUGUGUCCCAGUACUCCCGGGUGUCUGGCUCCCCACCACCAUUGAGAAAAAUACCAAAUUCUUGGCAGCAGGUUGCUCUCUCUUUUAAGAAAAGACUGAGGUCUUGGCCUCGCCUGGAAGGAGAGUUUCGCACGCCGCUUGGGAAAAUGUGA